UAUGCACAGUACAGUAAAGAACAACGUGUUUCUGAUCUCAAGCAACAGGGACAAAAAUGAGACUAACAUUUUAAAUCCUUUCUGUAUGAACAGCAAGGAUCUCACCUUAAGACUCAGCAUUACCUGCAUUUACCUCCACAAACUUUAGUCUGCUCACACACAAAUUGUUGGUUCUCAGGAGUUACUGAAGUGUCAGUGCAACAUAAUGUCUGUGCUAAAAAUCCUGAGCUUUUUACUGUUAACUGCUCACCUUAAUGAGGGGAAAAGAAUCAAAGGAAACCGAGCAGCGGACACAGAAGACAGGGUGAACGAACUGCAUGUCAGCAGUUCGGUCUUCAGCCUUUUUUUAGAAGGUGAGGACACCUGCACACUGGACCCUCUGCAGCUGCACACGCUCACCUCCUGUGGCUUCAACAGCAGUAAUCCCCUCAUCAUCAUCACUCACGGGUGGUCGUUGGAUGGUUUAAUGGAGGCCUGGGUGCACAAGUUAGCCACCGCACUGAAGAAACAUCUAAUGGACAUCAACGUGGUGAUUACAGACUGGCUGGCCCUCGCUCACCAGCACUACCCCACAGCUGCCAAGAGCACUCGCACUGUUGGAAAAGACAUCGCUCACCUGCUGCACUCACUUCAGGUACAUUAUCAGUACCCUGCAAAAAGGGUUCAUUUGAUUGGCUACAGCCUGGGUGCUCAUAUCUCUGGAUUUGCUGGAAGUUACCUAAAAGGUCCACAUAAAAUAGGAAGAAUUACAGGUCUGGAUCCAGCAGGGCCUUUGUUUGAAGGCAUGUCUCCCACAGACAGGCUGUCUCCUGAUGAUGCAGAGUUUGUGGAUGCCAUCCACACCUUCACCCAGGAGCGUAUGGGCCUCAGUGUGGGCAUCAAGCAGGCUGUGGCCCAUUAUGACUUUUACCCUAACGGAGGGGAAUUCCAACCAGGCUGUGACCUGCAAGACAUUUAUGAGCACAUUAGCACCUACGGACUCCAAGGGUUUGAGCAGACAGUGAAAUGUGCUCAUGAGCGCUCUGUCCAUCUCUUUAUUGACUCACUGCUGAAUCAAGACAAGCAGAGCAUGGCCUACAGGUGUAGUGACCAAAGUGCAUUUAACAAAGGUAUCUGCCUACACUGUCGAAAGAAUCGCUGUAACACGCUGGGCUACCACAUCAAGAAGGUUAAGAGUGGCAACAGCAAGAGGCUCUACCUGAAAACGGGUCCCAGGAUGCCUUACAAACUCUAUCAUUACCAGUUCAGGAUCCAGUUUGUUAACCAGAUUGUGGGGAUCGAGCCCCACCUCACUAUCUCCCUCUCUGGAACAAAAGGCGAGAGUGGAGACCUCCCCAUCCAUGUCAAUGAACUUAUUUUAGGCAACAAAACCUUCACCUUCCUGAUCACACUGGACAAAGACUUGGGUGAAUUGAUGAUGCUCACGUUACACUGGGAGGGAUCAGCUCUGUGGAAGAAAAUGCUGAACCGGGUGACGACCUUCCUUCCCUGGGGCAGCCGACAACAAAAACCUGUGAUGGCCGUGGGCCAUAUCAUGGUCAAAUCAGGAGAGACACAGCAGAGGACAUCUUUUUGUGCCAUGACAAAUGAUGGACAACAACUCGAGGUUUCACAAGAUAAAACAUUUGUGCGCUGUGAGGAUGACACACCAAAAAAACAGCGCAGAAGGAAUUACUAGUGGACUUGUUUGAUCCUGCAGACAGACUUAAGAUCUCUGGAUAGCUGUGCAAAAGUCAGAAGAAUCCUAAGGAACAUAAAUGGUGAAACAGGAAUAGUGCCUGGUAAAAAACAAAGUUUGUAAAGUCUUGGGAACUGAGAAUAGAAAAAAAAACCCCAGCAAGUAAUGAAAACUCUUUACAAUCUCCAGAAAUCUGUCUUGGUUUGAUUUUUUGAUCAAUUUAACGAUAGGUUAAGAUUCACAUGCAAUCUUUGUUUACUGUCCAAACUGGUAAGUUUAAAGCUCAAACUAACAGUCAAAUAAUUGCUACAUACAAAUGUCCUUCGGGCAAAGAAACAGCUGAGUGUUUGCCAAUCCAAAUAUUAACCAGACAGAGAACACAAAGUCAAUGGCCUCUCUGUGAUGUCAACACGAGUUUGUACAUUUCUUUCUCUUUUUUUUUAAUGUCCUGUGUAAAAUUGUUGAUUUCAUAAUUUAUAAACUCACACUGCUCUUUCCAAUAACAUAAAAAAUUACAUGCUUGUCUAUCUUCAACCAGAGCAAUAAAUAAACCCUGUUCUUUUUUUA